AUCCAGAGGCCCCCAGAACACAAGAGACCAUGGAAGACCAACAGAGGGGCAGCCGCGCCACUGUUCCAGGGGAGACUUCUAACGGGAACUUCUGUAAACACAGGGGAGAAAUGUUACUGAAUGGGAAACAAACGAGUAAGGGACAAAGGUACGGAGUGCCAGUGAAUAGUCUUGGGCUUACUUGGCGACCCUAGUCAUUUAACGGGGAAAAGGCUGCCAGGGGUGUAUUCCAAAGAGGGUCAAGAGUGGAGAGUCCGGUCCAGAUUUCGAAGAGAUGGAGAAUACAGACUGAAGGGCAGGCUGAGGAGAAGUGGAGUAUAUAAUCCUCGGGUUCCGAGCAGAUGGGAGGACAGGAUGGAGACCAAAAACAGCACUACUGGAUGACCAAUGGAGGAAAAACUACACUUGCCUCAAGUCUGCAAGAGCAAAUACCCAACAGCUGCAUCAUUGCACAGGAUUCAUAUUUUAAGGAUGACUCUGAGGUGCCGAUGGACAGCAAUGGGUUCAAGCAAUAUGACAUCCUCGAGGCUCUGCACAUGCAGAUGAUGAUGAGGGACGUUGACUCCUGGCGAAGAGAUCCCGAGUCGUUCCUCAGACAGCAAGGCCUGGAGACCCAGCUUAUAGAACCAUCAGUCGAUAACCAGGUGUUCGUGCUCAUAGUGGAAGGCUUCCUCAUUUUCAACUACAGGCCUCUGGACGAACUGUUUGACAAAAAAUAUUUCAUGGAAAUACCUUAUGAUGCCUGCAAGAGGAGACGAAGUUUAAGAGUGUACACACCUCCUGAUCCUCCUGGCUACUUUGACGGAUACGUGUGGCCAAUGUACCUGAAAAACCGAGACGAGAUCGAGAGCGACACAUCAGAAUUUGUAUUUCUGGAUGGUUUGAAGCCAAAAGAAGAGCUGCUGGCAGCUGUGUGUAAAGAUCUUUGUCAGGAAAUACAAAGACUCAGAGAGAAAAACUGAAUUGACCAGCGUAUUAUUUAUUUGCCAUUUGAAGAUGAAGAUCACUGCUCCCAUGGAUGUUAGGACCACUCUCAAUUAGACUAAUGUGUGACUGAAAGGACCAAAUUUAGCUGUGUGAAUAUCCUGGAAUAAAAGAGCUGUAGCAUCUGAAGUUAUCUACCUGGAGACUGAAGCAAAUGUCUUUACCAUAAAUGUACAGUAUUUUGAAAAGACAAACACUGUGGGACAUAUAAAUGUGAUGUUUGAGGACUUGCAGUUUACUAAUCCAAUAAUCGUAUCGGUAUGUGUAAGCUUAAGUUUGGUUUUAACUCCAUUUUCUUACUCGAUCCCUGCAUCCUGUGAGGAAAUUUUUAAAGUUUGUUUUUUUCUAAUAUGUUCUGUAGAAUAAAUUGUUAAGUGUACAUCCAUUAAAACAGCUUAACAGAAACACUAAA